AGCUCACAAACCUCGGCCGGCUGAGAUACUGCUGGCUCAUCUGUCGGUAGCUUUUGUCACAAUCCCACUCGGUGCAUAAUAUAUAACUUACUAGUUUUUAAGUUUUUGUUAUUAUAUUUUUUUUUUGGUCACAUUUUUUGCUUCCAGUUGACAAUGGCUGACCCUAAAUACGCAAAUCUACCAGGAAUUGCGUUUAACGAGCCGGACGUAUAUGAGACCGGCGACCUACCAGAAGAUGACCAGGCUCAGUUUGAGUCGGAGGAGCUUUGCAGUGACAGUGUGGAGAGGAUUGUGGUUAACCCCAACGCAGCCUACGACAAGUUCAAAGACAAGCAUGUCAGCACCAAGGGGCUUGACUUCUCAGACAAAAUCAGUAAAACCCGAAGAGUGGGCUAUGAGUCAGGAGAAUAUGAAAUUCUUGGGGAAGGCUGUGGGUUGAAGGAAACGCCCCAGCAGAAGUAUCAGCGCCUGGUGAAUGAGAUCCAGGAACUCACUCAGGAGGUGGAUGCCAUCCAGUCUGCUGCAAAGGAGAGUAAUGCGGAGGAGCGGCUCACCCCGAUGGUUCUGGCCCAGCAGGCAGCGCAGCUCAAGCAGCAGCUGGUGUCUGCUCAUCUGGACUCAUUGCUGGGACCACAAGCACACAUCAACCUGUCGGAUCCAGACGGAGCCCUGGCCAGGCGUCUGCUCACCCAGCUGGAGGUUGCUAAGGGUAGCCAUAGCAGCCCUGCAGGAGACAGUAAGCCGACGCCUUCCACAAAGGGCCCAGAUGGAGUUGUUCUCUAUGAGUUACACAGCAGACCAGAGCAGGAAAAAUUCAAUGAAUCUGCCAAGAUGGCAGAAUUGGAGAAGCGUCUCGCUGAGUUGGAGAUGGCUCUUGGCUCCGGCUCAAACAAGCAGGGACCUUUGAAUGCUGGUGUACAAGGAGCCAGUUUGAUGGACACUAUAGAGAUCCUGCAGGCGAGAGUCAGCGCACUCGACUCUGCUACUCUGGAUCAAGUGGAGGCAAGACUGCAGAGUGUCCUUGGGAAGAUGAAUGAAAUUGCUAAAAACAAGGCAGCGAUCGAAGAUGCUGAAACGCAAAACAAGGUGUCGCAGCUGUAUGAUGUGGUGCAGAAGUGGGACGCUGUUUCUACUUCUAUACCUCAGGUGGUGCAGAGGCUCGUGGCCGUGAAAGAGCUCCACGAGCAAGCCAUGCAGUUCGGCCAACUGCUGACUCACCUGGACACCACUCAGCAGAUGAUCAACAACUCUCUGAAAGACAACAACACCCUGCUAACACAGGUGCAGCAGACGAUGAAGGAAAAUCUGGUGGCCGUUGAAGAGAACUUUGCUGCACUAGAUACGAGGAUGAAGAAGCUUUCCAAAUAACCUGUGGCAGAGUUGGGAUCAGUCCAGCAGAGCGUACAACAUGAACAAUAAAGAGUUGAUUAGAGAGCAGAGAUCGGGGGGGUGGGGGGGGGUUUGAGGGUUAACGCUGUCCUGUCUGGCCAUCCCUCUCUUGCUCUCGGCUUCCGCCUCAGCCUUUCUUUCACUAAGUGGGAUGUUAGAAAGUUGACAAGAUGGAAUAACAAAAAAGGAGACCAAAUGUUCUACAAAUGUCCACGCUCAUUUCUAAUUCCUUUCACUUGCAUCAAACUGAUAGCGGCUGAAAAAUAUCCUUAUCCUUUCUAUACAUGCCACAGAUUGCAGCCCCCUUUUUAAGUCUGAGUUUUAGUCAGGAAUGUUUUUAUUACUGCUAUCGGUGAUUCUUCAUUCCUUAUGGGGAUUGACACUACUAUUGGAUUUGUACUCUAAACUAGCCUAAAUAAAUUGAUCACAAAAACUGUUGUGGUGGUGGAUGACACAAAAAGAUAUCACCGAAAAGGAAAGUCCAUGUCCUUUUAUUGUAAUAGACGCACGAUGCAACAAUGUGCAGGUGGCAGGGCCUCGGCACGGAAGGAAAGCUUGUAAAUAUGCCUGUAAACCUUAUUGUUUCUUCACACUCAGUCGCUUGUAUCUAUAUUAUUAUGACUGAGCGCAGAUGUCACGGAGAAAAAUUUUAAUCAGCUUUGUCAUUGCCUACAACUGUACUGUUCAUCUGUGGUCACCGAAGUUGAUGAAUAAAUCGAAGUGUACUGAGA